UUUAAGUAUCAAAAGAAACCUUAGACGGAUUUAUCUGACGUUAUUAACAAUCGUCUUAGGAACUACUUUGUUUUGUGCAUGAAUUUGAUUGUUUAUAUCAGUGGUCAGCCAUUUUGUUUACAGAGGAAAGGAAAACUAUUUUACGCCUGAAAUUACAACUCAAAUACAGCAAUCAUGAAGUGGGAAUACAAAGAAGAACAUCCUUUUGAGAAAAGAAGAGCUGAAGGCGAGAAAAUCAGAAAGAAAUACCCAGACAGAGUGCCCGUCAUUGUUGAAAAGGCACCAAAGGCUCGUGUGGGAGAUUUGGAUAAGAAAAAGUAUUUAGUUCCCUCAGAUCUAACUGUUGGACAGUUUUAUUUCUUGAUCAGAAAGAGGAUUCACUUGAGACCCGAGGAUGCCCUGUUUUUCUUUGUGAAUAAUGUCAUUCCCCCGACCAGUGCCACAAUGGGAUCCCUGUAUCAGGAACAUCACGAAGAGGAUUUCUUUCUGUACAUUGCUUACAGUGAUGAGAGUGUUUAUGGUGCAUAAUGUUAUCAAGGCUUGGUUAUACUUCAGAAACAUUGGUUUUCCCACUGGACUUUUGAGAAGUUUAUACUUGUUUACAAAGCUUUUCAGAGCGACCUUGUACAUUUUGGUUGCUAUGUCGUAAAUUGCAUCAGGUGAGAAGACAACUCUAUUCCAUGGUGUCACUUGUUUGCUUUUCAUUGUUGAAUGUAUCUAAAUAAUUAUUAACUGUUGCAAAAAAAAAUUCAUCCUGUUAACUAGAGUAGUAUUUAUAUUCAGACAAGCAUUUGUUUGAAGUCUUCAGCAAUUUGUACCAAUUUUUGUGUCAGGAAAUUUUAGAGUUAU